AUGUCACAAGAGAUCAUUUCUGAAGUGCAGGAGUACACCAUAAUGUACACUUUCAAUAUUGUCCAAAAGAUCAAGAAAUGGAACGAUGGGAAACUCAAGUUUUUCAAAUUUAAUAACAAAGUUCAAGUAUUCAAUGAAGAUUCAAUAUUGGUAACUUCACAAUUUUUACAAAAUGAUAAAAUGCUUCAAAUGGAUACAUGGGGGUCAGAAUUUAAACUAGGAAGUGUCCUUGUUAUGAUAGAAGAAAUGGUUUUUGAAACUUCAAGAGAUAUUUCAAAUGUUUUCAAAAAGGAAAAUAAAACAAAAACUAUAGAGAUUAAAGAAACUUCAAGAAAAAUUACACCUUUAAAAGAUCGAAAUAAUAGUCCUUCAUUGCUUUUAGAAAGGAGAAGAGUUGGUUUGAGUAAAAAUAGAACACCUUCAAAGUUAAGUCAAAGGAAAUCACAGUUGAAUGUUGGUGAUGAAGUAGCUCCAAUAAAACAGACAACAAGGCAAAUGACUCCCGUUAUAAGAAAAACACCACAAGAAGUCGAUCAUAUUCAACAUGAUUCAAAUUUUCUUUUGAGAUCUAGAGAAAGAAAGAAAAUUACACCAAGAUCAAAUCCAAUACCCAAACCUCAACCUCAAUCUAAAUCAACCAUUCCAAUUACCAAAGAACCAACAUUAUUAGAAACACCAACUACCAAGACAACUACAAAACAUGCAUUAGAUUUUGAAGAUGAAUUUGAUGAUUUAGACUCACCAUCAUUAAUCCCAUCAGAUAAAUUCUUCUUAUUAGGACCAAAAAGGUCUACAACACCAUCAAAAACAACAAGUCAUAAACAAAAAUCAAGGAAAAGUGAAUCAAAUUCAGGACCGGUAUCCCAAGAAGAUCAAUCUUCAUCAGAAGUGAUAGCUCCACAAUUAGAAGUACCAUCUACUCAAUUAAAUUUCCAAAAUGGUGAAAUCAAAUGGGACGAUGAAUCAUUAACUAGAUCAAAUACAAAAAUUCAAAAUUCAUUAAAUUCAUUAAUCCCAAGUCCAGAUAAUACACCAAUUCAAAAACCUAUUAAAAGGAUAAGUUCAAAUAGAUCUAAAAGAGAAACUAUCAAAAUAUCUAAACCUAAAAUACCCUUAUCAGAUAUUUCAAAUCAUUCAAUUCAUCCAACUACUCCUAAAUCUAUAAUACAACAAAACAAAAUCAAAAAAUUGAGUAUUGAAUCACAAGAUUCUGAAUUUGAUGAAAUUGAAUCACAAUCACAAUCCCAAUCACAAAGUAUAAAAAAUAAAGAUUCUUUUGGGUUAAGAACUGAUAAAAUUACACAAACUGAGACUUAUGAUUUUAAGAAUAGACCUAAUGAUGGGUUAAGAGUUAAAGUAAGUGAAGUUACUGGUAAUAAUUAG